AAUGUGAUGGUGGAGGAGGGAGGCGUUUGGGGCGUUUCUCUGUGGUCUUUAAAGGAGGAACUUGACAUUGAGUCUCUUCCUGGUGGUCUGGCAAGUAGGACAACUUGUUUUACUCUCCUACUUAUCAAACGUACUUUUUUCAGCUGACUAUUAUGUUGUGGUCCUGUGCAGCCUAGAAAACCACCCCAGCGCGGGGAUAGAGGGUUUCCAAAGCCAUUUCUGGUAAAAGGGGUGGUGUAGACUGAACUGGCAACCGACAGUCCCGGGCCAGGUUCUGACAUUACGUCGCCGAGAGGACCGGAGGCUGAGGUUUGUGUGGACAUUUGUGCGACAGCCUUCAAACUCAGUUUUGCCAGGGAGAGCCUGCGAGGAAGCACAGCCGCGGUUUCCUGUGCGCACUCCGUUUCCACCGAGGUCAAGCGUUGUCGGAAGGUUCUUCCCGUGCCCAGAAAAACUCCCCACAGCUUGUCAAAUAAAAACAAAGCCCGAGGAUUAAUUGGACCAAUACAGUUAUUAUAGUGACAACGUUAGCCUCGGUGUGUUUUGUAGAUGUGACGUGAUCCAAAACUUUUCACGGAAUGACUCCAUUUUCUCCCGGGUCUUGGGGAUUUUCUUUAAAGUUUUGGGUGUUUGUGUAACAGGGAUGAGAGGCCCAUACACUUUGGAUUUCCUGGGAUUAUACUUGAAAACGGAAGAGUUGCUGCUAUGAAGUUCUUGAUAUAAGUGUUAAGACUCUUCUCGUCUUCGCUGUGUCUGUCAAAACAAUAAGCUGACAGUGAAGUGGAUUUCCUCAACAGAAGGUAUGGUUUGAAAAAGAACAGUGGCAGAUAAUUAUGUGCCGAUUUUACACACUCUGUGUCUUCAUCUGGAGUUAAUUGACGAGCAACUUUAAUGCGCUAAAGACGCGCCACGAUCUCGGGUUCACUGCUGGAUCUCCGUCGUUCCCUCUGUUUUUGAUCUGACAUCUCGCAACAAUGAGGGCUUUUGUUCUCAGUGUGGUUGUGAUGUAUCUGCUAACAUGGACAGGCGAAGCCGACAGACAGACUCAUCUGAAGCGGGUGCAUUUUCAAAGACGCGCAAGACUGGGACGUGCUCAUCCGAGCGCAACGGACAGGGAGCCCUUCGUUGGACGUGUACGUUCUGGAUUUGGUUCAGCAAUCUCGGUGCACAGCCCCAAAAAGGGGGAAGAUGUGCAGGCAGAUGAGGGUGUUCCAAGGGGACUGGGGACUGUGCAGGGCAGCAGAGCAGGAGUUCAGGGUCUGGUGCCAAGGAGAGGGGUAGCUGGACAGAUUGGCCUGCCCGGUCUGCCGGCCAUGCAACAAAGUGACGGCGCUCCAGGAGCGAGAGCCAGGGUCGCCCGGAUACCCAGCAGCGCUGGAUCACCAAAUCUGCUAGCCAGCUUUGCAGGGAAGAACCGCGUCCUGGUCAUCUCAGCGCCUCAUGAUUCAGAUGGCUACUACCGGCUUAUGAUGUCUCUUCUGAAACCAGAUGUGUACUGCGAGCUCGCAGAGCGACACGUCCACCAGAUUGUCAUGUUUCAUCAAGAGGACGAGAUGGGGGGAAAGGUGAGGAGGAUCACCACAGAGGGAAAGGUGAUGGAGGAGCCACUGGACACAGCACUCAUCCCCAGACUCAUGAGCGUCCUCAAACUGGAGAAAGGUAAGUUUGGGAUGGUGCUGCUAAAGAAGACCCUGCAGGUGGAAGAGAGGUACCCCUACCCUGUGAGGCUGGAGGCCAUGUAUGAGGUGAUUGACCAGUCACCCGUGAGGAAGAUGGAGAAGCUUCGACAGAAAGGCUUCGUCCAGAAGUGCAAAGGAGCGGGUGUGGAGGGUCAAGUGGAAGAGGGCACACUCACAGACACACCUGUAGCAAGAAAACCAGCAAAAAAGAUC